AUGACCAACACUUCUUCAGGUUAUGACCUAUUUCCGGCUAAACCGACUGAACCUCUUUUGCCAUUCAGCAAUAAUGAAAGUGCGAGCUCUACUUCUGCAAGACAAUAUAGCACAGAAACUUCGAAAGCUAAAGAAUUAGAACGUUGGAGCUGGCCGUGGUGGAAAGAGUGGGCAAUUAUUUUUAUUGUUUUUGGUAUUACUGGUUCAACUACUGUCAGGAUCGUCCGACCCAUAGUAACUAAUGUUUUCGGAAUUGAAGGUAGCUUCAGAGAAGGUCCUUGGUCGUAUAGGCUUACCUAUCUUAGUAUAACUCUUCCGCUAUAUUCUAUCAUCCUUUUCU